UCCUACCAUAACUCCGACCCAAGGCAUCCAAGGAAGAGAGAGGAGGUCUGAAACUUUCCAUUUCCAUAGCCAUAAUCAAGCUCAAGCCAUAAGGAGGUCCAAGGAAGAAGAAAGAGUUAGAAAAGAAGAGAAAAACCUUGAUUAAUUAAGGAAUUUUACCAAGGUAUUCUGGACUUCUCAAGGAACCUAGGAGUGGCCGGAAAGUCGCCGGAGCGGCCGGAGGUUUCGCCGGAAAAUUCAAAGGUCGUCGGAGUUCAAACAAAGGGGAUAAAAACUCGCUAGCGUCAUUUCAAGGUUGAAGCUAGAGCUUACUUCCUGCACCCGUUGCUCGGGAGAUCAAUGGAGAGAAGACGUGGUUCGUGCUUCCUCCGGUUCUAUUUCUAAAUAAUUAAAUAAUGCUCAUGGGACUAUUUUGACUUAUAAAUUAAUGGAGCCUGCGAGCCCUUGUUUUACCCUUGUGUGGGUUCUUAUUAAACACUUAUAUUCCGCUAUGUGUUUGAUUGUAUGUUGAUGUUGUUAUGUAUGUUUACUAAUCGGUUUUGGCAUAUGUAUCUAUCGAACGUCUUGUGCAAUUCGGUAAGAAUGAACUGCGGUUAUUCUUAUUGGAUUGUACGACGGUUGUCCACGUGGCACAGACGCGGUCUGGGGCGUGACAAUUAAGUGGUAUCAGAGCCAAACGGUUUCUAAACUAUAUAGUCAACCUCUCAACAGAGUUUCUAUCAAAACAGUUUUCAAUGAAAAACCAUGAGCAUAAGUUUUGUACUUUAAGAGCAUUUGGUUAUCGAGUUGCAAGGUCUCUGGUUGUUAAGAUGGGCCCCUUAACAAUUGGUAUGGCAGUGACUUGAGCCAAGUUGUGUCUUGAGUACGUUUCUGUCAAUCGACAUUCAAACGAGUCCAAAGACUCAUUCCAACAUAUUCUUUCAGGAAUGGGUGGUAGCGAUAGGGCAGUUCGAGGAAAUCCGAGAGGGCGCGCACCGGGGAUAGCCGGGCAAGCCAAUCGGGGGAUAUCAAGGUCGCGUAGAAGGCGAGGUAUGGGCAAUCAAGGCCCACGAACACGAGUCGCGAUGGCGGAUCACAAUGUGACUGAAUUCGAGUCGUGGAACUCGGAGGAUGACUCAACUUAUCACCCUGAAAGCGAGUCAGAUGAAACUUCUUUUGAGGAAAACAAGGAAGAGGACAUACAUAGUAUUCCUCCUGACCAGGUUAGUGAGAUGUACCGAUGGUACCAACUUGAAAGGGGAAGACAACGACAGGGAUCUCGGGAGGGACAUGUCAGAGGCAAGACCUCUCUCAGGAGGGGUCGGGGUGCUCAUAGAGCACAGGCUAGAACAGUCAUAAAUUCUGAUGGCGAAGCACCAUUCUUUAAGAUCUCAAAGUACCUCAAAGAGGCUAGAGCCUUGGGGUGCAAACCAUUUGAUGGGACAGAGGACAUAUCGGAAGCAGCCGAGUGGAUAAAAAGGUUAAAUGAUGCGGCUGAUGACAUGCAAGUGGUCCCGGAACGAAAGUUAAGGGUAGCCACCAGAUUAUUGGAGGGUUUAGCUUCUACUUGGUGGGAAGGCACCAAGGGUAAGUUUGACGGGGUUGUCACGUGGGACAACUUCGAGCAAGCAUUCUAUGAGCAGUUUUACACCUCUUUCGAAGUAAAUCGAAAGAGGAGGGAAUAUAUCGAUCUCAAACAGGGAAAUGAGUUUACGGUGAAGCAACUGGAACAAAGAUUCCGACAUCUGGCAAGGUUCUUGCCUGAGUAUGCCGCAAAUGAGAACCGAAUGGCAAACCAUUUUUGGAAUGCACUCAAUUUGGAAAUACGCGAAAGAGCGACCUACCAAUUUAACAUGACUUUUAGUCAAGUAGUAGCCCAGGGUCUCCAGGGGGAGGAGCUUUGGAAGGAAAGGCAAGCAAGGGAUGCAAAGGAAGCACAAGAAAGAGAUCAGGCGAUCAUUCACCCUCCACGACGAGGGGGGAAGUAUGAACUUCAGAGCAAGGGGAACUCUAACAAGUCAGUUCCGUUUUUCAGUGAGAGCCAGGACUUGGUAAGUCAAAGCUCAAGCACUCGAGGCACGGGGGCACCCAAAUGCGAGAAUUGUAGGCGAAGGCAUUACGGGAGAUGUCGAGAGCCAUCUAGAUGUUACUUUUGUGGAGAAACAGGCCACAUCAAGGUCCUUUGUCCUCAACGUACGUGUGAAGGAACAUCAGGAGCUAGAGGAGGGGUCACGGGGGUUGAAAACCCAACUAGGGUUGCCUCAAACAUGGUACCUUCUACAAGUCAAUGGCGAGCUCGCUCGUAAAGGCCGGGAAUGGCGGAAGCCAUUUGUUAGGCCCGACUAUGGCACAAGGCAUCCAAGGAAGAGAGAGGAGGUCUGAAACUUUCCAUUUCCAUAGCCAUAAUCAAGCUCAAGCCAUAAGGAGGUCCAAGGAAGAAGAAAGAGUUAGAAAAGAAGAGAAAAACCUUGAUUAAUUAAGGAAUUUUACCAAGGUAUUCUGGACUUCUCAAGGAACCUAGGAGUGGCCGGAAAGUCGCCGGAGCGGCCGGAGGUUUCGCCGGAAAAUUCAAAGGUCGUCGGAGUUCAAACAAAGGGGAUAAAAACUCGCUAGCAUCAUUUCAAGGUUGAAGCUAGAGCUUACUUCCUGCACCCGUUGCUCGGGAGAUCAAUGGAGAGAAGACGUGGUUCGUGCUUCCUCCGAUUCUAUUUCUAAAUAAUUAAAUAAUGCUCAUGGGACUAUUUUGACUUAUAAAUUAAUGGAGCCUGCGAGCCCCUGUUUUACCCUUGUGUGGGUUCUUAUUAAACACUUAUAUUCCGCUAUGUGUUUGAUUGUAUGUUGAUGUUGUUAUGUAUGUUUACUAAUCGGUUUUGGC